GGAAGCAACCCAAGACAUUUGCGUUCGACCACUGCUUCGACUCUCUCUGUAGCGAGAGUCCCUCCUUCGCCACGCAGGAGACCGUCUUCACAGCUAUGGGGCAGGACAUCUUAAACAACGCCUUCGCAGGAUACAACGCCUGUAUCUUUGCCUACGGCCAGACCGGUUCUGGGAAGUCAUAUACCAUGAUGGGGGCAGCAGACAGUAAGGGCCUCAUCCCUCGCCUCUGUGACACAUUAUUUGAGAGAAUUGCAGCAGAUGCAGGUUGCCACACCUCACACAAGGUGGAAGUCUCCUACAUGGAAAUAUACAAUGAAAAGGUGCAUGAUUUGUUGGAUCCCAAAGGCUCAAGACAGACACUGAAGGUGCGGGAACACAAUAUUUUGGGACCAUAUGUGGAUGGGCUGUCUCUACUAGCAGUGUCAUCAUAUGAAGAAAUUGAGCAGUUGAUUGAAGAAGGAAACAAGGCGAGGACUGUAGCAGCCACUAACAUGAACAGCGAGUCUUCACGUUCUCAUGCAGUGUUUACAGUGGUACUUACACAGACUGUUACUGAUGUUGCAUCUGGUGUAUCGGGAGAAAAGGUAUCCAAAAUGUCCCUAGUGGAUCUUGCUGGAUCAGAGAGAGCAGUCAAGACAGGAGCAGUGGGAGAAAGGUUAAAGGAGGGCUCAAAUAUAAAUAAGUCACUAACAACUUUAGGGUUGGUAAUUUCCAAGUUGGCAGAUCAAGCUGUUGGUAAAGGAAGAGGCAAGGGUGAUAACUUUGUGCCAUAUAGAGACUCUGUUCUUACCUGGCUCCUCAAGGAUAACCUUGGAGGUAACAGUCGUACUGUCAUGGUUGCUACAGUGUCUCCUGCAGCUGAUAAUUUUGAAGAAACUUUGUCGACUCUUAGAUAUGCUGAUCGUGCGAAGAGAAUUGUCAAUCAUGCUGUUGUCAAUGAGGAUCCCAAUGCCAAGAUUAUACGGGAAUUGCGUGAAGAAGUUGAGACUUUAAGAACACAGUUACUGUCAUUACGACAAAUGACGAGAGAUGGGCCAGCAUCCCUGCAAGAGGAGGAGAGCCUAAAUGAGAAGCUGCAUGAAAGUGAAAAGCUCAUCACAAACCUCUCAGAAACUUGGGAGAACAAACUCAAGAAAACAGAACGCGUGCAGCAGGAGAGACAACAGGCCUUGGAGAAGAUGGGUAUCAGUGUACAGGCAUCUGGUAUCAGCGUUGAAAAAAAUAAAUAUUAUCUUGUUAACCUGAAUGCUGAUCCAUCACUUAAUGAGAUGCUUGUUUAUUACCUAAAGGAGCGCACUUUGGUCGGUCGACCAGAUGCCGGAAGUGAACCAAACGACAUUCAGCUUUCAGGAGUAGGAAUUGAAACUCAUCAUAGUCUAUUAAUUGAGAAUUCUGAUCUCUUCAUUGAACCGUAUUCAAAUGCCCGAACAUGUGUAAAUGGUUCCCAGGUGACAGAGAAAGUGCAGCUACGACAUGGAGACAGAAUACUCUGGGGAUUUAAUUAUUUCUUUCGUGUCAACUGCCCGAAAACUAGUUCAGGUGGUAAUAAUUCUGAGCCACAGACACCUGCUCAACCUAUUGACUAUAACUUUGCUCGGGAAGAACUUAUGUUAAAGGAACUUAGCAAUGAUCCCAUCCAGGCAGCUAUACAAAACCUCGAACGUCAACAUGAAGAAGAUAAGCAAAUGGCUUUGGAAAAGCAGCGUCAAGAAUAUGAGAAACAAUUUCAACAACUCCGAAAUAUUUUAUCUCCAACUACUCCUUAUGCUCCUUAUAUGCCCUUUGAUCCAUUAAGGGGUACAAAAAUGACUCCCUCUACUCCGACAUCACAACUUCGAAUAGAGAAGUGGGCACAGGAAAGAGAGGACAUGUUCGAGCAAAGUUCUCUUUUGUACCCUGGCAGAGAGGAUAUGUUCAGGCGCAGCUUAGCUCAGCUUAGACAAGAUAUUAUGAAGGCUAACACCUUGGUACGUGAGGCAAACAUAUUUGCUGAUGAAAUGGGCAGACAGACAACAUUUGGGGUGACCCUACAAAUUCCUCCACAGAAUUUGUCUCCCAACCGGAAGAGAUCUGCAUUUGUUAGUGAACCAGCAAUUCUACUCAAGAGGAAAGGAAAGCCAAACCAGGUUUGGUCAAUGGGGAAGUUAGAGCACAAUUUUUUGUCAUGAGAGAAAUUACGAGAGCACAAAAUAACCCACUAAUUACCCCAACUGACCUUUUAUGAGAGCCAAGAAAAUCAUAACCUUAUUGGAGUGGCCAAUAUUUUCCUUGACUGUUUAUUUCAUGAUGUACGGCUAAAUUACCACGUGCCCAUUAUUUCUCAGCAAGGAGAAGUGGCAGGCAGACUGCAGGUUGAAAUUAGUCGAAUAUCUGGCCAGUUUCCUCAAGAAAGAUUUGCAGACACACUUUCUGAAUCAUCUGGUGAUUCUGGUCACAGCAGAGAGGAAGAUGAUAUUCAGAAUAGCACUGUAUCAGUUAGAGUUUGCAUCAAGCAGGCUGCAGGACUCCCUCCAUCACUCUCCCAUUUUGUCUUCUGUCAAUACCAGUUUUGGGGACAAACAGAGAGUGAGGCUGUUGCUCCAGUUGUCAAUAAUGAAUUUCCAGUAGCUCCAACAUCCAAAGAUUCUAUGACAUUCAAGUUUGAACACUCAAGAGACUACACAGUAUUAGUAACUGAAGACUUUUUAGAACACUGUGCAGAUGGUGCACUCUCCAUCGAGGUUUGGGGCCACAGAUCUGCUGGUUUUGGCUUGGCUCGAACUGGUUGGGAAGUUGAUCAACAGUUAGCCAAGGCACGAUCACUUGUUGACAGGUGGAGUGAGCUAACUCGUAAGAUUGAGAUGUGGGUGGAGGUUCAAGAGCUGGGCGAGUGUGGGGAUUAUGUUUCUGUAGAAGUGUGUCCUCAAAAGGAUGUUUUAACGGGUGGUGUGUAUCAACUACGCCAAGGUCAACAGCGACGAAUUGUGUGCAGAGUGAAACCUGUGUCAAACUCUGGUACUUUACCACUUAUUUGUGAGGCUAUUACGAAUAUAAGCAUUGGAUCAGUGUGUGGUCGUUUGAGGUGCCAAAGACAGCUUGACUCCUACACAGAGGAAGACCUCAGUGUUCUUCGGGAGCGAUGGAGUGAAGCUCUGAAGCGAAGAAGAAUGUAUCUUGAUCAGCAAAUACAGAAAAUCAUUAAUAAGGGUGAUAAAAAUGAAUGUGAUACAGAACGUGAGCAGUCCUUGGUUGAUCAGUGGGUAAGCUUAACUGAAGAGAGAAAUGCCGUCCUGGUCCCUGCUGCUGGCUCCAGCAUUCCUGGUGCACCUGCAGACUGGGAUCCUCCUCCAGGAAUGGAGGCUCAUGUGCCAGUCCUCUUCUUAGACUUAAACGCGGAUGAUUUCUCAACACAAGGAUUUGGUGAGCUGACUUUAGCAGGAAACAAUGCCAUAAUCCCUAAAGAAAAUUGCAAUAAAUUCUUCCAACUUCCUAUUGUAAAGUGUUAUGAAAAAGAUGUAUGUGCAGUAGCUUCCUGGGACUCGUCCAUCCAUGACAACAUGUACCUCAACAGACUCACACCAACUGAUGAAAGAGUUUAUCUCAUUGUGAAAGGUGUGGUUCGUCUGUCCCAUCCAGCUCCAAUGGAUCUAGUGUUAAGAAAGCGACUUGCAGUUAAUAUUUAUAAGAAGCAGUCAUUAACCAGCAAGUUUGUUAAGUCAUUUAUUGGUUCUGCUAAUACUCUCUAUGAAACAGGAAUCAUGUAUGAAGUUGUGUCCAAUAUUCCUAAGGCAAGUGAGGAGUUAGAGGAACGUGAAUCUCUUGCUCAGAUGGCUGCCAAUGUUGAUGAUUCUCAUGCUGAUGAUGGGGAAACAUACAUAGAGAAAUACACAAAAGGCGUGACAUCGGUGGAGUCCAUCUUAAUGCUGGACAGGUUACGGCAGAAUGUAGCCGUGAAGGAGUUACUUCAGUCCGCCGGCCGUCCACUCAUGAGGAAGACUGCAUCCGUCCCUAACUUUUCUCAUGAAGUUGGUUGUGAUAGAGAGACAGGAUUAGCUAAACCUGCGCCAGCACUUCGUGGACUGCACGAUGAGGGACUAUUUGGUAGUAUGGAAGGUGGACUAGAUGGAGUGACACGGUCUGGUAGUGUGAUGGAUCUCAAUGUUCAACUGUCAUCUGUAUCCACACAAAACAACCACCACUCAGAGAAGAACAAACACCGUUAUUCUCUGCCAGGUCCAAGUGAAAGACCAUUUGGCUUGUCUCGACCUACGUUCCUCAAUUUGAACCUGAAUCUCAACUCUCUCAGGCUUCAGGGAUCAACUCCUGCCAAGUGUAUGUCGUGUUCAUGUCUUUGGUGUUGUGUAUAUAAUGGUAUCAUGAAUGGAGCCUCAGGAAGGGCCACUGGAGAUGAGGAGUUUAGUGAUUUUGCUUCAUACAGAAGUGGUGGUGUGGCUGGCAGCAGACUUCAUCUAACACAGAGUCGUACAUUGGAUUCUUUAAAUGAGGUUUCUGCAACAAAAGCUGGGACACCAUCUACAGUAUCCAGUGGAUAUGGCUCUGGUGCAGUAUCUUCAACAACUCUGAGUGAGGAUUCUCUCUCGGUACGAAGUGUCAGUGUUGAUGAGACCCCAGAUAAAGAUCUCCCAACAAAUCAUACAGCCAUGGAUAUAUCCACUAUUAGUUCUGGUGAGAGUGACUCCAGCGAUACAAGAACAGUAAUCAACCAGCAACUGGAGAGGCUUCACCUCAGUGACUCUACUCACAGUAACUUUACUCAUUCCAAGUCUCAGAUUAGUCUCAGAAUAAUAGAAGAUGAGGAAAAUAAGGAAAACUCAAAAACUCUCAUAUCAGAUUCAAGUAAUAUUUCCUGCAGUACACAUUCUUCAAAUAUAUUAAGCUCUACUCCUCCAAAAUCUGUAAGCCCAAUUUCUCCUACACUCUCUUCUUCUUCAUCCACUUCAUCAUUGUCAUUGACCACCAACUCAGAAGUAGUCAUGAGACGCAGCAGUUCUAACAGGAGGAAUCCUGCUCAUCGAAUGUCCUUUCCUCUUACCCAGUCUCAGUCACCAAUGUCUGAUUACCACAUAUUGAAUGGAGCAUCAUCAUCAUCUGAGUGUGUUGAUGAUGUUGAGAAAACACCUACUAGCAGCAACAAACCUCGAGCACCGUUGCCAGACUGGUGUGAAGUUGGAGAGAGCAUACAAAUUCGACCCUAUAACUAUUCAGGGGUCAUUGUCUACAUAGGCCACACUGAGUUUGCACCCGGAACUUGGAUUGGAGUAGAAUUAGAUGUUCCUAUGGGCAAAAAUGAUGGUUCUGUAAAUGGUGUCCGAUAUUUUGCCUCUCGGCCAAAGUGUGUGUUUGUCAAGCCAGAAAAACUACUUUUGGAUCGGAGAGGGCGUGCGAUGAGGCUUGCACGCAGUAAUGGUACAGAAGGCGGACUGGGUGAUAUGAAGCGCUCACGCUCCACUGCAGACAGACUUAGUGAUGUGGGCAUAAGGAGAAGCACCAGUAAAAGUGAAGGUCUCAACAGCAUGAGACGAUCCAAAAGCCGAGCCGAAGGCCUUUCUUCAAUCUCUGACCGCUCAAAACCUGUUUCGCGUAAUAGAAAGUAACAUGAAACUUAUCUUAAUAAUUGCUCCAGUCUUAAGACUGAUAUUAAGUGCAGUGUAUGAAUUGUGUGCCAACUGGAGUACUGUAUACCAAAUACAAAAUUUUACUUGAGUACAUGUUAUUGUUACUGUUACAAGUGGCUUAUUUGAGAAAUUACUAUAAGAAAAUUAAAAUAAUAAACAUGGUUUAAAGGGGAAACAGCUAAGCACAACCAUGUAAGCAGCCCCGCCCUAACUUCCAUCAAGUGUUACCCUGCGAACACGUCCCUGUUAUCCCUCCAUUGUGAGAUCCUCAUUGUAUGGUAGCAAUAGAUAUUGUACUUAACCUGCUUCAGGAUUUAACCACUUCCAGUACAGGACCCCCAUUAUAUUUUUUCUUUACCUUUUGGGGAUAUUUUUUUAUGAAUUCAGAUCUAAGGCAUCAUUUGUUUAAAAGAUCUUAAUUGCCUUUAGAAAUAUGAUUUAUUCAUUGUCCAGAAUGUAUAAUCUUGAAUACCAUUUCAUACAAUACAUAUUUAUGGUCAAUCUAUGUACAGUGUGAUGAAGACAGUUAUUGAAGCAAAGCAUAAAUGUUUUUUGUGGUGGUAUGAAGUGCAAAACAUAGCAUUGGCUUCUGUGUUUAGA